CGCACCGCGGGUCCCUUCGCGCGGUCCGCGGAGGCCGCGCCAGGUGGGGCCGAAGCCGCCUCCCACGCCGGGCUGUCCCCGCGGCCGCCCGGCCGGCCUGGCUUCCUUCCGCCUGCCCGCCGGCCCGCCCUCGGAGUUGACCAAGCCGCAAUGAAGAGCUGCUCACAGUGAAAGGAAAGUAGGUCGCACCCACUGAAAAUGCCUUUAAGGGACAAAUACUGUCAGACUGACCACCAUCAUCACGGAUGCUGUGAACCAGUUUAUAUCCUGGAACCUGGAGAUGCUCCUUUGUUACAGCAACCACUACAGACAUCCAAAUCUGGUAUUCAACAAAUAAUUGAGUGCUUUCGAUCAGGAACUAAACAACUGAAACACAUUUUAUUAAAAGAUGUGGACACUAUCUUUGAAUGUAAAUUAUGCCGAAGUCUCUUCAGAGGAUUACCAAAUUUAAUUACCCACAAAAAAUUCUACUGCCCACCAAGUCUCCAGAUGGAUGACAACCUUCCUGAUGUAAAUGAUAAACAAAGCCAAGCCAUAAAUGAUCUCCUAGAAGCCAUAUAUCCAAAUGUGGACAAGCGAGAAUAUAUUAUUAAGCUAGAACCCAUAGAAACUAAUCAAAAUGCAGUGUUUCAGUAUAUUUCAAGGACUGAUAAUCCUACUGAAGUCACAGAGUCAAGCAGUACUACUCCUGAACAAACUGAAGUUCAAAUACCAGAAAGUGACACUGAACCUUCUAAAACAGUACCAGUUACAGUUACAGAGGUGGAAACUGUAGAGCCCCCUCCUGUUGAGAUGGUUACAGAUGAAGUUGCGCCCACAUCUGAUGAACAACCUCAGGAAUCACAGGCUGACUUAGAAACUUCUGACAAUUCUGAUUUUGGUCACCAGUUGAUAUGUUGUCUUUGUAGAAAAGAAUUUAAUUCCAGACGAGGUGUUCGUCGUCACAUUCGAAAAGUACAUAAGAAAAAGAUGGAAGAAUUAAAAAAGUACAUUGAGACACGAAAGAAUCCAAACCAAACCUCUAAAGGACGCAGUAAGAAUGUUCUAGUUCCAUUAAGUAGGAGUUGUCCAGUAUGUUGUAAAUCAUUUGCUACAAAAGCGAAUGUAAGGAGGCAUUUUGAUGAAGUUCAUAGAGGACUAAGGAGGGAUUCAAUUACUCCUGAUAUAGCAACAAAGCCUGGGCAACCUUUGUUCCUGGAUUCUGUUUCUCCUAAAAAAUCUUUUAAGACUCGAAAACAAAAGUCGUCUUCAAAGGCUGAAUACAAUUUAACCGCAUGCAAAUGCCUCCUUUGCAAGAGGAAAUAUAGUUCACAAAUAAUGCUUAAAAGACAUAUGCAAAUGGCCCACAAGAUUACUCUUUCUGGGACAAACUCUAAAAGAGAGAAAGGCCCUAAUAAUACUGCCAACAGUUCAGAAAUAAAAGUUAAAGUUGAACCAGCAGAUUCUGUAGAAUCUUCACCCCCUUCCAUUACCCAUUCUCCACAGAAUGAAUUAAAGGGAACAAAUCAUUCAAAUGAAAAAAAGAACACACCGGCAGCACAGAAAAAUACAGUUAAACAAGACUCUGAAAGCCCUAAAUCAGCCAGUCCGUCUGCUGCAGGUGGCCAGCAAAAAACCAGGAAACCAAAACUUUCAGCUGGCUUUGACUUUAAGCAACUUUACUGUAAACUUUGUAAACGUCAGUUUACUUCCAAACAGAACUUGACUAAACACAUUGAGUUGCACACAGAUGGGAAUAACAUUUAUGUUAAAUUCUACAAGUGCCCUCUUUGCACUUAUGAAACUCGUCGGAAGCGCGAUGUGAUACGACAUAUAACUGUGGUUCAUAAAAAGUCAUCCCGCUACCUUGGGAAAAUAACAGCCAGUUUGGAGAUCAGAGCUAUAAAAAAGCCCAUUGAUUUUGUUCUAAAUAAAGUGGCAAAAAGAGGCCCUUCGAGGGAUGAAGCAAAACAUAGCGAUUCAAAACAUGAUGGCACUUCUAACUCUCCUAGUAAAAAGUAUGAAGUAGCUGACGUUGGUAUUGAAGUAAAAGUCACAAAAAACUUUUCUCUUCACAGAUGCAAUAAAUGUGGAAAGGCAUUUGCCAAAAAGACUUAUCUUGAACAUCAUAAGAAAACUCAUAAGGCAAAUGCUUCCAAUUCACCUGAAGGAAACAAAACCAAAGGCCGAAGUACAAGAUCUAAGGCUCUUGUCUGAUAACUUCAAGUGAUGUACGAAAAGGUUUGGAGUUCAUAUUUGUGGAAAGACUUUAAAUUGGUGUUAGAACCACUAAACGUCUUCAAAUGGUACUAUGAGGAAAAAAAAAAAAAGAAAAACAUUUUCAUAAAUAUUUGACUGUAACUGCUGUUUUCUCACUAAAAGGAUAAUUAUCUAACCACUGUUUCAAAGGCACUGCCUUUUCCAGCACUUUCAAGUAGCUGUGAUAUUUACAUAUUGUCAUUACAGUACAUCAGCUAACCAGUGUCUACAAAAAUGUUGCAAAUUUUGUUUUUCAAACAAUUUGUUGAUUAAAGCGAUCAACAGCCUGAAGAAAAUAAUCACCACUGGUGAUUUUUAAUUGACAAAGACUUGAUAUCUUAGUGAUUUUAGUUUUGUUCCACUUUAUUUGGCAAAAUUGUCAUCUGGAUUGUACAGAUACCUGGUUUCCUAGUGAGUGGAUGUUAAGACCAAAAGACAAAUUAGCACCAACACAUACAUAUUUAGCUUACUAAUUAUCGGUAAUUAUUUUUACAUUCAUUUAUUUCUAACUCGUUCUCCAGCACUUAAAUGUUUGGAAGUUUCAUUCGAAAAUAUAUACUUACAGGAAAGUUCCAGUUCAUUUUCACCCAUGAUCAUUACAUUUUUCAUUUGUAAACAUCUGAAGUUUUUAUGAAAAUUUAACAUUCCCCUAUUUUUCUUUAAAUUUUAUACAAAGCACUUUAAUGAUAGAUGCAACUUAAUUUUUCAGUUUCUAUUUUUUUAAAAGACCACACAUUUACUAAUGUUAAUAUGAAGGUAGUAAAUAGCUUACCGAUAUUUUAUGGAUGCAGACAAUCCAUGCACAACCACUUCUUAUGAUACGAGUUUAUUUCUUUAAAUAUUGCUAAAAAAGGCAGGUGGGGGUGUAAACCCUGAUUUUUUUCUCCCAAGUAAAAUCUGAAAUGACCACUUUAGAUAUUUGAUUCCUACUGUAAAAUUUGGAAAAUAAUGAAUUCUUGUUCAUUUUUAUAAUCAAGAUUUUAGGAAAAACAGAAGUACACCUAUCUUUAUGAAAUUUUGGACAGGUUUUGUGUAUCAAUCUUUUGUACUUUUUAGGGAAUAUUUUAUUUUUUAGUAAUUUUUGUCAAAUUAUAAUUUUAAAAGGUACAGCAGAGAAUAUACCAUGUUUUUAUAUAGGUUCAUACCUGUACUUAGGAGGGACCCUGUCCAUCUAUAUACUUUUUGUAUAAAAUUUUAAAAUGUUGAAGAUCCACAAGGUCGUAAUAAAAUACUUCUAUAGCUAGAGAAACAUUUACCCUUCCCAGUGCUUUGCACUAAAAUAUACUGUGAAAGGAAACUAGAAAGACUGUAACUGUUGCUGGAAAUGUUCUAUAUUGAAUGUACAUGCUCUUGUUGGAAAAAUGUACUAUAUGUGAUGGAAAUAAACCAGACUUGGAGUUAUUUCAGCUAAAUGUGCUUCAACAAAGGUGCAUUGGUUGAAACUUAAAUGUUUUAUUAUCAAAUUUAAAUUUAUUCAGUGACUAUGAGCAGCUACACUUGAAUUAUAUCUUGAUAGUUUUAUUUUUAAAAAUUAGAGUUAUAAUUUCUCUUUAAUUUAAAUACAGAUUUACUUUUCCACAUAUGGAAAACUUGUACUUAUAGGUCUAACUUUAAUGAUUAAUAGUGUAAUAUAUUUAGGGAACUAAAUGUGUAGGUGGUAUUUCAUUUAUAAACCAUCUUCAUUAGUUGCACAUUAUUAAACAUGUAUGUUUGACUUUU